AUGUCUACAACCACCAUGCCAACCAGCGAGAUCGCACCCGCCCCAGAAUACGGCUUCAACGCCAAACAAGGCGUGAACUGGUCUGACUACGUCACCUUCCGACCCAUCUACCCACCCUCAUUCUUCGAAGAAGUCUUCACCUACCACGCCCAAAAGUCCCACGCCACUUGGUCCAUCGCCCAAGACAUCGGCGCCGGGUGCGGAAUCGUCUCCUCCAGCCUCGCCCCCCGCUUCAACAAAGUCAUCGUCUCAGACCCUAACGAAGGCUACACUGCGCUCGCGCGCAAAGUCCUCGUCGAGCAAUCCCAACUUCCAGAAUCAAAGUUCAGAUUCCUGCAGGAAAGUGCCGAGAAGAGCUCCGUCGAGUCCGGCUCCGUCGACCUCAUCAUGGCAUGCGAAUGUAUCCACUGGACGAGACCGGAGAUUGCAAUUAAGGAAUUUGCGAGGGAGUUGCGCGUCGGCGGGACGCUGGUUAUUACGCAUUAUAAUUACCCGCGCAUUGAGGGGAAUGAGCGGGCUCAGAGGGCUUGGGAGGCGGUUUGUGGGUUCUAUGCGGGGGAGGUCAAUGAUCCGAUGCUGGAUCAUGCGUUGCGGAUUUUGAAUUCUGGGAUGGAGGCUCUUGGGUUCCCGACGGGGGAUUGGGAGGGUGUGAAGAGGUUGUAUAUCAAUGCCCAGGGGAGGAUUGAGGCUUUUAGGAUUAAUGAUCGGGUUGGGGAAAGUCAAGUUAAGGAUGGGGAAGAGAUUGUCUGGGAGGAGGAUGUUGAGGAUUGGAUGGAUGAACAGGAUUGUGAAUGGUUCAAGGGCUAUGCUUCUACCUGGACGACGCCAGAUGUCGCGGAGUCCGAGAUCAAUCCUCUUUGGGAUGAGAUGGAGCGGGCUUUUGGAGGGAAGAAGGUGAAGACAGCCACACCGUUAGCUAUGGUCUUUGCUACAAAGCGAAAUGGCUGA